CCCCUGCCACCGACUGCGGGGCCGGGGCGGUGAAGGGGGCAGCGGUGGGUGCGCUGUAACUGCGGGCUGGACGAGCUCCGGGAGGAAUGCGCCUUUGCUCCAGGAGUCGGGCCGGCAAAACUUCUUUACUUCUGUAAAAGUCUCUGCGGUGGUAGCGGAGCGGCGGGCCGUGCCGCCGAGCGGAGCGGGCAGCGGCCGGAGCGCAGCCCCAGCCCGGCGGGGCUCCUCUGUGUCUCGGAGCGGCUCCUCUGUGGAGGUGUGUGCGGACACACACCUCUGUGGCGGGGUGUGCGGACACGGACACGCGCGGUCAGGGCACACGCAAGAGAAGACCUGGAGAAGAAAGCCCUACCAGGACAUGUCACAUGCCAGGAACUAUGGGAUAUCCUAUCCUGGUGCCUGCUGUGGACUGGGGCAGGACCACUGAGUAUUCAGUUGCAUAGCCCUGUCACAGCUGUACAGCUCCCCUGAGACCAGGCUCAUUCUGCUGGGAGGACUUCAGAUAAAGGUGUGAAGAAAACCUUGCACUGUCUGCAAGGCCCCUGGUGUUGUAAGUGCUUUUUGCACACAGGCUGGUGCAGACUACCAAGUGCUGCAUCUCCACUUGGACUGGGAUGUGAACUUGCUCCAGUUCAGCUUCUGCUUUGGUGCAGCUUCCAUUUGGAAAUCUCCAGGGUCUGCCCUGUGACUCUGAGACCUCAGCUGGAUGCUUUUCUACUCCUUCUCAUCUUACCUCAAUACCUCAAGACAUCUCUUUCAAAAUCAUUUGUCGUUUGAGCUCUGCUGUGUGACAGAUGCAGGGGCUUUGAUCCAGGAUGAACGAAUGCUACUAUGACAAGCGCAUGGACUUUUUCUACAACAGGACAAAGACGGACACGGCGGAUGAGUGGACAGGACCGCAGCUCAUUGGUGUUCUGUGCUUUGGCACAUUUUUCUGCCUCUUCAUUUUUAUUUCAAAUUCUCUGGUCAUAGCAGCUGUGGUGAAGAACAAGAGGUUUCAUUUUCCCUUUUACUAUCUUCUGGCCAACCUAGCAGCCGCAGACUUUUUUGCUGGAAUCGCCUACGUGUUCUUGAUGUUCAACACGGGUCCGGUGUCGAAGACACUGACAGUUAACCGCUGGUUUCUGCGCCAGGGGCUCCUGGACACCAGCCUGACGGCGUCCCUGGUGAACCUCCUCGUCAUCGCCGUGGAGCGCCACAUGUCCAUCAUGCGCAUGAAGAUCCACAGCAAUCUCACCAAGAAGAGAGUCACCUUCUUAAUUAUAUCCAUUUGGGCCAUUGCUAUUUUCAUGGGUGCUGUUCCGACCCUGGGGUGGAACUGCCUCUGUGACAUUACUGUCUGCUCGUCCCUGGCACCCAUUUACAGCAGAAGUUACCUGGUGUUCUGGAGUGUCUUAAACCUGGUUGUCUUCUUCAUUAUGGUGGUGGUUUACAUAAGAAUCUACAUGUACGUCCAGAGGAAAACCAACGUCUUGUCCUCACACACUAGCGGGUCCAUUAGCCGGAGGAGAACCCCUGUGAAGCUUAUGAAGACUGUCAUGACUGUCUUAGGUGCCUUUGUUGUCUGCUGGACCCCUGGCCUUGUCGUCUUAUUGCUUGAUGGACUGAACUGUACUGACUGUGGGAUUCAGCAUGUUAAAAGGUGGUUUCUUCUCCUGGCCCUGUUGAACUCUGUCAUGAAUCCAAUAAUUUAUUCAUACAAAGAUGAUGAGAUGUGGGCCACCAUGAAAAGGAUGAUUUGCUGCUCCUCUGAGGAUAAGAGCCAGGAGAGACGCUCAUCUCGGAUCCCCUCAACAGUUCUCUGCAGGAGCACGGAUAUCUCGGGCCAUUACAUUGAAGAUGGCAUUAUUCAAGGGACAAUUUGUGGAAAAGGAGAUCUUGGUGACAAAGGAAACGCCUGAGCUAUGCAAGGGACUGACUUGGCUGGAAAAGGAGAGGGGGAAGGGAGAGGUUUUGUAAGAGGAGAUCGACUGGCAAAGCUAGUAAACAAUAUAUCCACUUUGUUCCAGAGCCUCAACUCCAGUGUUAACAAAAGUUCUUAUAAAUAAUUGCCUGAUGGAAAAACACUUUGUAAUGAAGAAAACUUUCUGUACUGCCAUCCUUUUUGUCUAUCAAGUACAUGAAAUUGUUUUUUCAUGUGAAUGGAAUAAAUACCUCUCAGAGACUUCUUGUGCAUGGAAACAAAGUGUAAGCAAUGUUAAGAGACCCUCCUUAAGCUCCUACAGAGAGAAGAAACCUGCCUGACUGUGCAGGUUUGGCAUUCAUUGAGUAUUUAUGCUUUGAAUAGUUUCUGUGCACCUUGAGGAGGAUUGCAGGCUUGGUUGGACAGAAUUGUGGCCUGUUUUCUUGGUUUGUCAAUUUCAUGAAACAGUUCAUGCUUACCUCUUCUCUUCCUCGUCCUUAUCUUGCUUUCAAAAUAGGUAGUUUGAUAGUUUAUUAAAGCUAUGCCAGAAACCUGGCUGUGAUGGGAGAGCCAGACCAGGCGUCAGUGUGUGUGAGUGUCUGACCAUGGACCGUCAGGAUCUGAGACUACAGAAAGCACAAAAGCCAUUAUUUCUUCCAUAGUGGGGGGAGUGCUGCAGGCAAAGAUAGUGCACUCUCUGCUGCUGUUGUGUAGGCAGGCAUUGAAGGUGGAUUAACAGAAAAGCAGUGAGGCUGCGUUCAUUAUGCUCAUUUUUUACUUCCCUAGAUAACAUCAAAUGAGUGUGCUUGCUCCUCUUUACCUGCUGUGCCGCUGAGAGAAAUGAGAUCCCAAACUCUGGUUUACAAGGGAACUUUGAAGGGAAGUUUAAAUACCCAUAUGUCCAGCUCAAUCAAGCUAUUUAAAAUAGAAAUUAAUUUACAGGCAAAAAAAGCCUGAAAUCAAUUUAUGUCCCUACCAUAGUACAGUGUGCAUUGAUUAUUAGGCCUUGUCUGGACCACAUUUAACCUCUAAUUUGCAAACAGGUCUUACUGGAACAGGUACUUGAGGAAAGGGCCCUGAAGCAGCGAGCCAUGGAGGGCUUUCAGCAUUGUGACUGAUCAAAUCCAGCGCUGAUGCAGCCACAACCCAAACAGCUGGAGUUUGACUUAAGGACUACGCUCUAACAGAGGGUCCAGCAAUACAAAGCUCUACGGUAAACGUCUUCUAUUUAAAAUUUCAAAUUAAAAACUGGAUUGUAGAUUUAUCAGUACUCUAAGAGGCUGGUUCAUGCUGUCUGGUUUCAACAGCAGUGAACUCCCUGUUGCCACUUUAACUUCAAGAGGAGUUUCCUGUGUUGUCCCCAAGAGAAAGUCUGAUCCCUAGUAUCAAGGCAGGUUACCACAACCAGAGGUCACUUGGAACAGUUUUGGAAGUUUUGGCCACUUGGAAUUAUCAGAGAACAACAUGAAGAGCCAACACCAAGGACAUCUUUUAUGAAGCUGAAAGAUAAAGUUCAGCUGCGGUUUGGACAAAUUCUUCCUUUGGUGCCACUUGCACAUGGAUAUCCUGACUGUGUUGGUCAAAACAGAACCAGCCCUUGGCUCAAAGGCUGAGCAGGGGAUUUGCAGAAUGCACUGGGGGACUUCACAGCAGCCCUUAGCAUAUCUUGCAAACACAGUAAGGCCCUGUUCAGAGAGCUCUCCCAUAACAUGCUCAUCCCAUCCCAUCCUGUAGGGAUGUGGCCCAGUAUUCGAGGUAGAUGCUGUAUUUGAGCAACGCUAAAAAUGUUUACACAUUUUUUGCUAUUAUAAUGCAAUUUUUUGUGCAAAUACUACUUCACUGCUCUGGUGUUCUGAAAAGCGUGUAAAGUGGUGCUUUGUAGAGGCGGUGGUGUGGUGGGUUGAGCCUGGCUGGAGACCAGGUGCCUACCAAAGCUGCUCCAUCACUCCUCUCCUCAGCUGGACAGGGGAGAGAAAAUAAAACAAAAGACUCAUGGGUCAAGAUAAGGACAGGGAGAGAUUGAUCACCAAUUAUAGACUUGACUUGGAGAAAAAUUAAGUUAUUACCAAUCACAUCAGGGUAGGAUAAUGGGAAAUAAACCCAGAUCUUAAUGCUUUCCUCCCAUCCUCUGUAUUUCUUGGGCUUAGCUUUACUUCUGAUUUUCUCUAUCUCCAUUCCACAGUGGUGCAGGGAGACAGGGAAUGUGGUUGGUUCAUCAGUUGUUGCCACUCCUUCCUCCUCAUUGUGAGGUUUCCUCAAACUCUUCCCCUCUCCUUUAUGGGGUCCCUCCCACAGGAGACAGUUCUCCUCAAAUUUCUCCAACAGGAUGGGUCCCCCAUGGAGUCACUAGCCAGCAAACCUGCUCCUGCAUGGGCUUUCCAUGUGCUCACAGUCUCCUUUGGGCAUUCCUCUUCUCCUGCAUGGGAUCCUCCACAGGCUGCAGGUAGACCUUUGCUCCGCUAUGGGCCUCCAGGGGCUGCAGCAGAAGCUCAGCUCUGGUGCCUGGGGCACCUCCUGCCCACCUUGGUGUUGGCACAGUUUUCUCUCACAAAUUCUCACUCUCCUCUUCAGCUGCAGUUGCACAGGUUUUUUUCAUCCAUCUUAGAUACGUUAUCCCAGAUCUGCUGCCACUGUUGCUGAUGGACUCAGCUUUGGACAGGGGUGGGUCUGUCUUGCAGCCAGCUGGCAUUGGCUCUGUCAGACAUAGGAAAGUUUCUGGUGUCUUCUCACGAAAGCCACCCGUUUCCCCACCCCAUGCCGUUACGGAAGCCUUAUCCUGCAAACCCAUCCCAGGUGGCCUUGUAAAAGCCCAGCAUGCAGGCACCCCUUCCCUACAGCUACUGCAGUGCACAGUUGGUCUGAACUAGGCUGAAGCUCUGUAUGCAAACCUAAUAGAAAAUAAAAUGGUACUUCAAAAUGAAAGUCUUGUUUUGCCUC